AUGUCCACAUCCGCACUCCCCUUCAGAGGAGACCUCAAAGGAACCCCAAUGCCCAAUGGCGAUGUCAGUUUCGCCGACACCAACCCUCAACAAUCCUUGUCCCAAGACUCUAUACCCCCGCCAGGUCAGCUGCUGACGGGGAAGCAAGAACAUUAUCUCAAGCGAGAGCUCAUCUCCAGACAAGUCAAUGGCGAGAUUCAAGAGUUGAACAGUCCCACGGCCCUCCAACGAUUUGGAGCGCCAUUCCGGUCAGAAUAUGGCGAGGUCUCUCCCAUGGAUUCGGAAUUGCCAAUCCUGCGCUAUAUCUUCGUCAACCAUGUCCGUAACUUUCCCUUCCUCAACCAGGCACAAGAGAAGGAAUUCUGGCAGGAUAAACUACAAGUCUUUCUCGAAUCAUUCUCGAGCAAGUAUAUUUCGUCAUCGGAAGAUCGCUUAGAGGAGACGAAGCGAAGAAAGCUGGCCAAGAAAUGCGAGAAACUCGUCGAGCUGAUGAUGGUAUCUGGAAUCCCCACUGCGUCUGGAUACGAAGAGAGAAUUCGUUUUGCCGAACUGGAAGUCGUUGAUGCAGGCCCCAAUGAACAAGGUCUUGUAGUCAACAUCCCCGAAGGCAAUUAUAUCAACGGCUGGGAUGUCAACGUGGCCGGCGUAAGGACCACGUCAAUAAAGAGGACCGUUCGCUAUCACCAACAUGCCGAGUUUCUCAUCCGUGUAAAGCGACCAGACCAGCCGGAAAUAUACAUCGGCAGGAGAUAUGGCGAGUUUACUAGACUCCACAAGAGGCUACGGACCGAGAUGCCUGGAAAAGUACUCCCACCACUCCCUAGAAAGAACAAAUCGGCGACGGCAGCACUCAUUGGUGGCGGUGGUAGAGCAGACGAUGACGCCUCAUCUGUAUCCUCGGUCUCGACGCAGGCAAGUCUGGACGAUGCGAGCUCUUCAAGGAAUAUGCUACCGAUGCAUCGCCGCCUCAAAUCGGGUAAUGCCUUGAGCCCCAAUGCUGGAACAAACUCACCCAAGGGAAGAGCAUCGCCUCGCCUCAGCCUAUCGAGGGAUCGCAGUCCAAGCCCACUCCCUAUCAAAUUGCACCGAGAGGACCAGAGAGUUUCUCUACGAGCAUUCUUGCGGACAAUUCUGCAAAAUCCGCAAAUUGCUGAAUCUAGGUCAGUGGCCGAUUUCCUUACGUUACAACCUGUAAAGUUGAACGAAGAAGAGCUUGACGAUAUCGAUCGACGCAAAGAGAUGGACGCAAGGCGAGUGGAAGAGCAACGUCAAUUUUAUGACAUUGCCCGACAACGCGCUGCCGAGCUUGAUACUUACAUGGAGAAAUUCCGACGAGAUAUUGUUGAGAGUAACGGUCUGACCAAGCUCUUCGCCGAAAUUCGAAACAAGGAAAAACUUGAAGAUCUGAGUCCUGAGUAUCAGAAAUUUGCCGAAUGGUUACGGAUAGAAGUCGCCGCUACAAUAUAUCAUCUCUUCCUUGCCGAAGACAACUCGCCCGAGUUAUUCGCACAGGCAAAGCGAAUACAUUCUUUGGUGCCAUAUACCGUGCUGAAGAAUGUCAUCCGCAUCGCCAACCCUGCAGCAGUGAUGAGUGGUGUCCUGGACUUAUUCCUAGCGCAGCCCUUUGGCACUAGGUCACUGCUUCAGCGGAUUUUCGCUCAAACCCUUGGAGACGGUAUACGACAAUUUCAAAAGUCAAUUGAUGAUCUAAUCACGAAGAUCGGAGACCCUGUCUUGACCAACAAACUAAAAUCUUUUGUGGAUAGCGACGAGGACACGAAGUUCAUUCUACGCAAUGAAGCUGAAGACGAGCAGGUCGACGUUGUCGUCGCGAUUCUGAGGUCGGAAGCCUUCCAGCCUGACCUGACGCCUCCACAAAUCCAACGAGUAUUCAACGCCUACGUGGCAUGGAACAGCGCUGUUGAGAAUGACGAUGAGGAGCUCAAACAAGGUGCAGAGAUGUUUUCUCAUCUCAAGCAAUUGCUCAAAUUAUUGACUCGCCAACGAGACAAGGCAAUGAUGGCUACGAUGAUUGAGGAACCAACAACACUACAACUCUUCCGAGACCUGUUCACCAUCUUCUAUGAGCCGCUAAUUCGAGUGUACAAAUCCGCCAACGUCUACAGCAGUAUUACCGAUUUCGCACAGUUCGCAGACGACGCCAUCAAGACGGUGGAGAUUGCUCAAAGGCAAGAUGUCUCAGCCGAUCCCAACCAGACUGUUCAAAGCUUCAUUGACCUGUGCGCCCGACACGAGCAUAAUUUAUACAAAUUCAUUCAUGAAGUUCAUAUUCAUGACAAUGGUCUUUUCACUGCCUUGAUGGGCUGGAUUGAGAAUAUUCUUGAGUUCUUGCGUAAGGGCCCCAAGGGCGGCAAGCUCGAUAUGAAUGCUAUCUUUCAGGGUGCUCUAGACGUCGGCACGAUCGACAGGGAGAAUGCCACCAAUGAGAUCAAUGCCUUGAUCCAGUGGCAGGAGGACAGGAAGAAAUGGCACAGUGACAAAACGCGGCAGAAGAUGGCAGCGGAAGGAACGGGGGGUACCUUAGAAGGCCUCUCCGGCAUGGCAUCGUUCAAGAGUAGCGACUUUGGACUGCAUGAAACUGACUUGAUGGACCUGACGAUAUCCGACGAAGAGGACGACGCAGACAGCGAUGAAGAAGAGGCAGCGGACGAUCUCGACCCCAUCAGUGCGGAGCGACGCAGGCGGAGAAAGGCCCAGGAUCGACUGCGCCGUAGCGCAGGGGAGCCCGUGAAGCCUGAGGUUGAAGAAUUGCUGAAAUUGAGGGAAGCGUUCCUGUCUAUGCUAAGGGCGGUUCUCAGCGAAUAA